GGCUCCAAGUGAUCCCUGGACGCCACGUCCAAGCCAAGCACCCGAUGCCGUCGCCACCUGCCGCUCUUGUGCGCUGCGUAUAAAGCCAAGCGAGAGCCUAUACCCGGCUACCCCCUCCGCGCCCCCACUGAAUCUCCGCUGUCCCAUCCGCGAAGAAACAGCCUCCCCUUGCCGGCGACUGGUAGUUUGGACAUUGGAGGUCGAGGAGCCGAGCUGAGCUGUGUGCCGUGGAGUUCGGUCGGUCGACUGAUCCCAAGGAGAAAUCAGAAAUGGGCAAGGCGUGGGCGCUCAUCACCCACCUCCACACCGCCGCCGGGCCGAGCAUCACCCUGCUGUACCCACUGUACGCGUCGGUGUGCGCGAUGGAGAGCCCGACCAAGGUGGACGACGAGCAGUGGCCCUCGUACUGGAUCAUCUACUCCUUCGUCACCCUGCUCGAGAUGGUCGCCGAGCCCGUCCUCUACUGGAUACCCAUCUGGUACCCGGUGAAGCUGCUGUUCGUGGCGUGGCUGGUGCUGCCGCAGUUCAAGGGCGCCUCCUUCAUCUACGAGAAGCUCGUCAGGGACCAGCUCAGGAAGUACCGCGCCAGGCACCUCCGCAUGGGCGCCGCCGCCGCCGACGACGAUCAGAAGGUGCACAUAGCCAGGGUAGGCUGAACACGACCAUGACCAUGUGCAGUGAAGCUGACGGGAUCCGGCUGAGACCAGCAACGACUUCUCUGUAGAUUGAAGGUGUUCAUGUGUGUCCUAGAUAUCCCUGCCUCUCUGGAGGACCAGGACACUACUUCGGCUUCAUCAUCAUCAUGUAUCUGAACUCUGGAAUGUGUAUGUAACCCCGUCGUUGCAAGAACUGCUUCUGCAGUGAGAACGACAAAAGAGAUGUUUUCUGCACGCACCUCAUCACCCUGAGUUAUUUCUUGGCGAGUAUAUGUUGUUUCGCCUCGUAUAAGAACAGUUGGGAGAGAUAAUAGCACAACAUCCAUUAUCCA